ACACGGUAGUGGAAAUCAUGUUGACUCGCAGUGUAUCUGCUUCGACCUCACCACAAUCCUGAAAGACCACUCUCUCUCUCUCUCUCUCUCUCUCUAUCACUGUUUACUCCGGUAUUCAAAGAACAGCACUAACCCAUUCCGUUGUCUUUUCUGCUAUCUUUUUCCAUUGUAUAUUCCGUUUGGUUCCCGAGAAACUGUAGAAAAAAGAAGUAAGCAUGUUAAUCUUGUAGCCACCAGUUCUUCUUAUCUGAACAUUUUCUCAUUUACUGCAAUUUGCACCAUUAGAUAAAUUCUGCGACUUUGAUUCUAUUCCAUGAUGGAGUCUUGGAGUUGCAGUUCAGAAGGGAAAGGCCUUUUGUUUUCUGAUGAAAUGGAUUUGCAAACUGAUGCUUUUGCUAGAAGUAAAAAGACAUCAAUGGAAUGGGACAAUAGACCCACUUAUUAUUUUGAAAGCAAUGGACUUGUUUCUGAUAGAGAAGAGGUUGAGGGUAUGGAACUCUUGGAUUUGGGAUUCUCUGACUUGGUGAGAAAACCUUUUCAUGGUAACCAAGGAGUGGAGAUGUUAAGUGGUGAGGUUGGUAGUGGUUCUAGUAAAAGAGCAGCUACUCCUACGUGUAUGGUUACUUCAAAUUCAUGUUUUGAGGAAGUGGCUUCUGAAGCAAAGCUUCCAAGUUCUCCCAUGGAUGCCAACAGUCAAGAUUCAUCACUGAUUGAUUUGAAGCUAGGGACAUUGGCUGAUUGCAAAGAUGCAGAGAAUAUCAAGGUCUUGAAAGAGAAACCGGUUUUGUCAUCUGUAAGUCCAUCCUUGCUGAGAAAGAGAGUGCGCAAAACAAGAUCAUACUCUCAGACUGCAUUCUGCCAAGUCCAUGGUUGUAACAAGGAUUUGAGCUCCUCAAAGGAUUACCACAAAAGGCAUAAAGUUUGUGAAGUUCACUCCAAGACUGCCAAAGUUAUUGUUAACGGCAUUGAACAAAGGUUUUGUCAACAGUGUAGCAGGUUUCAUCUGCUUGUUGAAUUUGAUGAUGGUAAGCGAAGUUGUCGUAAGCGCCUAGCAGGCCACAAUGAACGUCGAAGGAAGCCUCAAUUAGAUACCCUUUCUGGCACCAGAUACUUGGAUACUUCCUUGCCAAAGAGGACACCCUAUAUUUUCCAAGACAUAUUUCGAGCUGGCAUUAUUUGUCCAGGAAAAAAUGAACAAGCUAAUUGGUUUAGACAUACCAAAUUAGAAGGGGAGUCAAUGUACAGUCCCCAAUCAGCAAUACCUAUCACAAGUGGGCAUUUGCUUCCGAAAUCUUUUCUCCAUCUCCAUGGCAUUGGCAAACAACAUUGUUCUGGAGUUCCUUCAUCAGGAUCUGAAGACUGUACUUUUACUGCAUCAACUGUCCAGGAAUUACCUGGGGCCUCAAUUUCCAGUUGUGCUCUCUCUCUUCUGUCAGCUCAGUCACAGGACUUGUCGAGCCAUUCAACAGGACAGCCAAUGGCUAGCCCCCAAAUUAUGCAAGGUCGCUCUGUCCAUUGUGUUCUUGGUCAAACUGAUAAACCUGUAAGGGUAAGCUCUGUGGAACAAUACGGAUCAAAUGGACUCUAUUCAUAUGGUAUGAACUCCAUGGAAGUUGGUAAGAUAGGAUCAAUAAUGCCUUCUGAUGCUAGUCAUGCUGCCGAUUUUCAAGUUCACACCGAUGGGAUUUUUCAAGAGUCAGAUAUUUUGAAUGCCAACUAUUUUCCUUCUACCGAAGAUGGACCCACUGUUGAUUGGCUCCAAUUGUCAUCACAUCUUCAAAGAGUAGAGCGACAGAGAAAUUCAAUUCAAGUAAAGCAGGAAAAUGGGGACUCUUGCUAUUUCCCAACCUUUAGAGCAGUGUGCAACCAACAAGGUUAAGGGGAGGCAGUUGGCGAUAUGCUGCAUCAGACUAAACUAACUUUAUUGGUACUGUUUCAAAGGUUGAUAGAAACUUCAGAGAUACCAUUAGCAGGAAAAUUCCUUUUUUCCAAAAGGUAAAUAAGAAACGAUUUGUGGCUUUUGCUACUGUAAAGUGAUGUAAGUUUGAUUCUGUAAGUUACUCUAACUACCUUUAUUCCCUUUAUCUACAAAUAUUAUGCCAA